AUGAACAAAAUGAGAAGAAGUUCAUAUCUUUCCAUAUGUGAAUAUAAAUCUUCAAUAAGCGAAUUAAUUUCUCCAGUCCAAGCAGCAUCAUGCUGUCAUAUACUAAAGAUUAAAGAAAACAAAGAAAAUUAUUUGAAUUUUAAAGAAGAUAUUAGACUUUACCCUAAAGCUGUAGAUGACGAGUAUGAUGUUAAUAUGUCUUGUUAUUUACCACAUAUUUACGAAUGA